AAUAGGUGGUCAUUCCGAGAAAAGCGCCGUUCCUGCAACUUCAUCGCCGCCGACUCUUUUGGAUCAGCGGAACGAACAAAGAUGUUAGUGCUGGGGAACCUGAUCACGGGCAUCAUCGGCACCGUGGGGGGCUUCUCCCUCGCGCUUGCUGGAUGGUCGCCUUUGUCUCUAGGCUCUCGACCUCUCUUUUACGUCACACAAAGUCUGUCGUCGUUUGCAAUGCUGUAUUUGAUCGUGUACGCUACGAUUGAAUUCGCAUCCCCUGGCGCGAAAGAAAUCUGGCGCAUUGUCAUUGCCGCCUGUGUUGGUGGGGCCGCCGCCAUUAUCGCGGCUUUUCUCUCUGCACUUGGGUGCAUCGUGCUUAUUGUCUGCACGGGACUCAUCGUUGGCCCCUGGCUGCUUACCCUGGACACGGUUGCUGCCAGACUCUUUUACCACGAAUCCCCGUUUGCCAAGCAAGAGUUUGUCGUUGGGUUUGCGCUCCUGUUUACCCUGCUAUUCGUGAGCUCGUCCAAAACCGGAGACAUUGAGUGCCACCGUUUCAAGUACAUUGUGUUCAGUGCCGUCACCGGUGGGUUCAUCUUUGCCGAUGGCCUCUUCCGCCUCGCGUUUGACCCUUCCCCGUCGCCCACAAAAGCGUUGUUCGGAAUCAUGGGUUUCAAAACUGUUGUGGGCGAUGUUCUGGCAAACUUCGCCGAAGGCAUUCAAAGCGGCGACAAACUAGUGAUGCUUGCCAUUUGGGGCGGCGUGACCAUCGUCGGUUUGUUGAACCAGUUGUGUAUGCGUUGGGGCCUUGUGUGCUACAACAAGGUCGGCGCACAUGUCGGCAUGACUUCCAUCCACGAAGAAACGAUGGAUCUUCCCAGCGGUGCCGCUGCGUCGGCUCCCUUCAUGCACGAACGCACCCGCCUCGUCUGUGAAAACUGCUUCGCCACGGUCCCUGCUGGCACUGCAUUUUGCACGGAAUGCGGCGAAGCCAUGCCAGGCGACGAGCACGUCCCAAGUGUGUCUGUAUCUCAAGCCCAUCCUCCUUCCGUUGCCAUGGGUGUUGAUGGAACGACUCCUGCAAGCUGGCAGCAGAUCCCCAACCGCGCCUACUUGUCGACGACAUCGUUUGUGGACCCCAAAAAGAUUACGGAACACACGCCCGAAGGUCGAUCGAUCCGGUUCAUGGACCAAGGCGAAAAACCGUACACGUCCAGCAUUGGCGGCCGCCCCAACCACUACGAACCGUCGUUCCGGUCGUUCGCCAUGAGCACGUACUCGAUCGCAAACCGCGCCGCCGAGCCAGUUGACACGCCCAACAUUCGCAAGUACAAAAUGUCUGGCGGCGGUGCAUUCCACUUGACGUACUUUCUGUCGGCCAUCACGGGAGUGGUGUGGUUGGUGUUUUUGAUCACGUUUUACCCCCGCGAGACGCCGUGCAGCAUCACGCAGCCCAGCUUGCCGUGCGCGCUCAUUGAAGAAAGCAUCAAGACCGCGCACAAGUGCUACACGAGUCUUGACCCCAACAGCAAGGACCAAGUCUCAAACGAGUUCUACUGCAUUCGCCCAACCCCAGGCGGCGUCUGGUUUUGCUACGUCAUCUUUGUCGGGUCGGAGUACCUCAACUUUUUCUUGGGGUUGCUCUUCAACUUUUCCAUGUGGCGCCCCAUCCGUCGCGGCGCCCGCUACUUAAACGACUUCAAGCCUGCGCUUCCCAAGGAACAAUGGCCCACCGUGGAUGUGUUCUUGUGCCAUUACUCCGAACCGGUCGUGGACUCAAUGGCCACUCUAAAGAACAUCUUGGCGAUGCAGUACCCCCCCGAGUUGCUGCAUGUGUGGCUGUGUGACGACGGGUACACCAAGUCUGUGUGGGAUGCCAACAACCACUUCAAGGUGACGGUGAACACUAAGAACAUUGAACAGUGCGGCGACUUGCGCGGCGACGUUGCGCGUAUGAUGCACGAGCGUGUCGUGGGACCUGUCAGCGACGAUGCCACGCUCAAGGCGUGGCGCCGCCAGCACUCUAGCGUGCGCGAACUCCGCAAGGAUGGAAGCAAGGGCAUCCAGCGUCGCGAUUGCGCGGUCGGGUCGCUCAGCGACGACUAUGACUACCGCGACCGCGGCCUGCCUCGCGUCACGUUUGUCGGUCGCAUGAAGCCAGAAACGGCCCAUGCCAAGGCUGGUAACAUCAACAACGUUCUGUUCAACGAAGGCGCGGACGGCAAGUACAUUUUGAUCCUGGAUAACGACAUGAAGCCCCACCCCAAGUUUCUCUUGGCGGUGCUGCCCUUCUUCUUUUCCGAAGGCGAGGCGGUCGACGGCGGUGGACGCCAGUACUCGGACGACAUUUCGUGGAACCAAGUCGCGUACGUGCAGACGCCGCAGUACUUUGAAGACACGCCACAGCUGACCGAGAUGGGCGAUCCCUGUGGGCACAAGAACACGAUCUUUUUCGACGCUGUCCAGUGCGGUCGCGACGGGUUCGACUCGGCCGCGUUUGCCGGGACCAACGCCGUGUUUCGUCGGCAAGCGUUCGACUCGAUCGGUGGCAUUCAGUACGGGACGCAGACGGAAGAUGCUUACACUGGCAACAUUUUGCACACGGCUGGGUGGGACUCUGUCUACUUCCGCAAGGAUUUCGAAGGCGAUGCCAAGGACCGCAUUCGGCUGUGCGAAGGUGCUGUGCCCGAAACUGUGGCUGCUUCGUUGGGCCAACGGAAGCGUUGGGCGAUGGGUGCCGUGCAAAUUCUGCUCAUGAAGGGCAUCUCCGAAGUGGACCCGGACUGGCGCCCGCCGCGCGUGCCGACCCCUGACCCCAAGCCCAGCCUCCAGUUCCCCCGCAAGCUGUUCUUCUAUGACUCGGUAUUCUACCCAUUUGGGUCGAUUCCUGCGUUGUGCUACGUGUUUAUCGCUAUCUACUACCUUAACACGGGAUCAGCGCCCAUUUAUACGCCCGGGAACCAAAUGCUGUGGACGUUUUUGCCGCUCAUGUUGUGCCGUUGGAUGCUCAACUUGUUGGCCAACCGAAGCGUCGACUCGAACGACGUGUGGCGCGCCCAGCAGACGUGGUUCUCGUACUCGUUCAUCACGGCGCUGGCCAUCGGCGAAGCCAUCCGUUGGCGUCUCACUGGGGUCAUCUCUGCGUGGGCCAACACGGGCGCUGGGCAGAAGACGUCGUGGACGGAAAUCCCCAAUGUGCUCAUGUACUUCACGCUUGUGAUCAGCCAGUGCGUCGGGUUGAGCCGCUUCUUUGCGUACGAAAACGCAACGGCGCCGUGGAACUACAUUUCCGCCAUGUUCUUUGGCUUUUGGAUCAUGAGCAACCUGUACCCCAUGGCCAAGAUGAGUAUCACCGAGUACGCUGGAUGGGACCACACACGCGCGACGUUCACGGCCAACGUGUUUGGGUCGCUCAUCCUUGUGGGCGUCGUCGUGUUCGUUCAAGUGUGGCAGUCGUCGUACAUGAUCAACCAAUACACGGCGCAAGGCAUCAUUGCUACCACGGUCACCGCCACGGACACUGCGACGGCGGUCGGCAAUUAAAGUUAUCGCGUAAUUUUGCUUAAAAUAUCACAAUUGUAUUCAUUGGAAAGAGA